UAGAACACCCCGUACAAGAACAAACCGGGUCGGAUCCCCCUUCAGAAUACGUUCAAACAUACACACAUACACACACAACUGCUGAUUGAAUCACGCUUCCGAGAAGCAGGCACCAGGAAAUCAAUUUUCACGAAGAGGCGAGGGCCACAGGAAUCGAAAAAUUCAAACGCUGGUAAAGUUUGCAGUUCGCUGGAAAGAAAAAGAACGAACGGAAGCUGCUGCGGAUUAUCCAGAGGAGCUAAAUUCUGCUGGAAAGGAAUUCUCUCGUACGAUUUCAAUCCAGCAGCACUAGGGAAGUAAAUGUCGCCCAGCGGAAGGAACGGGAUGGUAGUUAAUUAAUGGUUGAUUCACACUAAUUAAAAAUUUUGCCUCUCCAAAAAAGGGAGAUCAGUGAAUAGAGUGAAAAAAGGAAGCGUCCUCUGUUAUAGGAAAAAGCGGAAAACGUCGUGUGUUUAAAUAUUUGAUGAGGAAUGAUAAUUUUAAUUAAAAUUAAACUUGUGAUCAACAUAAACUGAUAAGAAAGGUAUAAAUAUAUCGUGGAAAACUCGUAUCAGUGUGGGGUUAGAAACUUACAAAGGAAAAGCUAACCUGUGCGUACAAAGAAGGAUAAUUUGUGCCGUAAAAAAAGAGCAUGGCUGUGAUUUCGUUCGGGAAAUUGUGUCUUCUAAUUAAUAUUCUGACAGCUUGCGUCGUGCUUGUACUAGGACAGGAUGAUGAUACAGGUGUGGUGAUGACGAAAUUGUGCAACUUUGAUAAACCGCUAAUAGACCCAACCGACGAUGCCGGUGGAAAAUACUGUGACUGUGAUGUAGAAAAUUCGCCUCCAUGGGGAAUACCGGUGGUGAUUAUAAACUGCCAGGAUCAUCACCUGCAAAAUGACAUACUUCAGGCAGAAAAUUUACCACAAGGUACCAUCGCAUUGGAUUUGUCCUACAACAAAUUGACGUCGAUUCCAAAAUUUACUGGUGAUAAAUUGAAAUAUCUCACCCUACGCAAUAAUGCGAUAACAGCCUUGAAAGAUAAGAACUUUGCCAACGUUUCAAAUCUACUGGAGCUGGAUCUGAGCGAAAAUGAAAUCGACCUUAUCAACAGUGAUGCAUUUGAAGGGUUAGAGCAGCUCCGCAAGCUUAACCUAGCAGAAAAUAAAAUAAAAACAAUUCAAGCCAAUGCAUUCUCUACGUUCAUUCGGCUGGAACACCUGAUCCUUUCAAACAAUCCGUUAGGAAAUUUUUUCAAUACAUCGGAGAACGAUAUUUUCCUAAAACUUGGAGUUACACCCAGGUUAAACAUGAUCGAACUAGAAAAUUGCAGUCUUGUUUACAUAGAUCUGUCGAAUGGGGUUGGCAUUGACCACAUAGUACUUAGCUCCAACCAGCUGACGCAAAUCCAAAAACUACCGAGAGCACUCGCUAACCUGGACAUCAGUAACAAUCCUAUUCGUGUGAUGACGGCCAAGUUUCUUCCACAUUUAUCGAACUUACAAAGUCUCACCAUGGAGGACAUGCCCAAUCUCUACAAACUGGAAGAGUACGCGCUAUUUGGACUUCCACGUUUAACACACAUUAACUUUCAAGGAUCACGAAAUCUAACCACAAUAGACCCUCACAUCUUCGGUAAAAAUGUUGUACUUAAUGAAACCGACACCAUAUUGGAAGAGCUUAUCCUCAAGGGAACCAACAUACGAACACUCAACUCAUCGCUAAAGUUUGCGUUCGAACAGCUGAAAGUAUUGGAUCUAUCGGGAACCCCACUGAAUUGUGACUGUGAAAUCCGAUGGCUGAAGGAAAUGCAAUUUUCGACAACCGCGUCCUGCUCAAAACCAACAUCAUUACGAGGGCAACACUUAUCUGAAAUCGAAAUUGACAAGCUGCAAUGCAAAGUAGAAAAGUCGUGGAUAUACAUGGUUUUCAAUGUGUUAUUAGUAAUCCUUCUAAUCGUUUUGGUAAUCGUGGCCGUAUAUUUGGUGUAUAUUGCAAUUAGACCUCGACAACAAGUCCAGUUGAGGAAAGUUGGCGUCAAUAGUCCCUACGCUAGAGUAACGAUAGAGCCCAAUCAGGCUGAAAAUGUGUAUUAAAACACAGCAUGAAUGUUGCAUCGAAUGUAUUUUAAGUUAAAUAAAUAAGUAAUUGAUAGUUAA